CUCACCCGUCACCCAACACAUCGAGGAUAUUCCAAGCACGAUGCAUCCCUCGGCGACGGCAGAGGUCAGGAACCCCAGACGGAUCCUGGCAGUCAGUCUCCAGGACCACGAAUCGCAUCUCCUCCGCGUCAUCACAGGUCCGUUGGCUGCUUACCCUAUACCCCGCAUCGGCGUAGAACAUGGGCGACUAACAGCAUGUACAGAGCUUACGGGCACUUCAUUAAUAUCCUCGUCGCCGACAGCAGGCUCGUCACAUACCCUCAACCUGAAAACUCGAUACUAUAAAGCUUCUAUCCCACUGUGGUUGGACCUGAUCGAGUCCCCAGUCGAGUGGUCCACGUCGUUUUUGUCGUCGGAAGCAACAGAGGUGUUGUCUGUGCUGGGUGGCAUUAUUCUCGUCUUUGCGACACCGGAAAAGGGCCAAGAGGAUAAAGUACGCGAUCUGAUACAGCAUGUUGGACAGGUCGUUCAUCAGGGCCUAGGAGGAUGGGAGUGGGACGGCGUCAAGCUGGCCGUGGGUGUGGGUGAGGGCGAGGGCGACGAGUGGGAUGAGCUCUGCGCUGGAGCUGGAAUCGAGUAUGUACAAAUUGGAGGCUCAAGAGGAGCGGCACUACAGGAGUUUGGAGAAAAGUCUGGUGUUCCCCGAAUCAUUGAAGCCCUCGAAGCCAACGACUGGGCACAGCCCGACGAGCCGAUGCUGUCCGAAUUGGAAACCGCCUCCGAAGCAACUACACAAGACCACGACCACGAUCUCGAUCCGGAUAACCUAGACUUUGGCUUUGACAAGGCCGACAUGGAGGGCUUAAGGCGGGCGAUAUGGGGAUUCGGAGAUGCCGAUCCGCCUGUCGGAAGCCGCACUGAUUCGCCCGCACCCGCUACCACUAAUAGUAAUAUUAAUACCAACGACGGGACGAGCCGAGAAGCUGCAACUGCGGCAGCAGCAGCAGCAGCAGCAGCAAAGGAGAACGAAGAGUUGACAGAAGACGAUAUUGCCAAGGUGGAAAGCAUGAUGCGCAGACUCCAGGCUGCACGAGAGACGGGACAAGGAAUGAGCGAGGCAGAACGGAAGCGGUUCGCGGCGAGGGCUGUACGAGAAGUAAUGAAGGACCUAUAAAACUGAGGCGAAGAGGAGAGGGAAGCCAGAACGAUCUGUACUUUACGACUUUGAUGAGAAAAAUGAAAGAAAAGAGAACAAUUAUGCUUCGCAGCAACGCAUUACCGCUAUCACGAUCACGAUUUCUCCCAACAUGGGCAUUCCCGAACACGAAUGGGCAAUCGAUAAUCGAUAAGCCGGACCGUCUUUUGGUGGACGUGUGCACAUCUUAUGCAUCUUUGACCGGCAAUAGACGAUCCUGACUCAGACGUCGGAGAAACGCCCCCAAAGAGAAACCUCGAUGCAAGGGAGUCUGGGGGUGCGCAUGCCUCUGUCUUAACCUUAGCGGCGGUGACCCAGCCGGAGAAGUGCAAAAAAGGGAAACGGAAUGCAGACACGCCUACGCCUGUCUUGCCUUUCUGCAAGAGCAGGGGCCUUUUCUUUUUUUUUUCUUUUGUUCGUCUAUCAACGGCCGGUGGAAAAAUAGAAAAUACGAGACCGCCUAGUCGCUUUUGGGACCGCCGCUAUGCGAGAGCCCAGGGUCUUCAGGGGGGGCCAGCGACAGGGAAUCGUGGGUUUCUUUCAAUAGGAUAACGUAGUUAUUUGUUUGCUUUUUGCUUUGCUAGUACAAACGAAGCAACACGUGUAGCCAUGUACUGUUUAUACAGCAUCGAGAUAUCAAUUGAAUCAUUGGAGAUGCUGCUGACUGAUAUGGUGUGUUGACACCUUGCUGCUUCCCCAUGCUUUUUGGACCGUCUGAUCACGAUAUGCCACAAAACUUCAUAUACAGCGGUGACGUCGUGCGCAGCUCAUCGGGAUUACCAGCAAGGAAGGUUCCGAUGCCUUAACGAUACCUUGGCCCCCUAGGCCAGGCCAAUGCAACAAUACUUUGCUCUCGGCGCAGAACAAAUCAACUGGUGAGGCGCUCGUGACUUGGUUGCGUACUUGCACUGCUUGCUUGGCAAGAGGGCCCAGGGUUCGUCACGAUCCUUGUAUUCCGGACUCCGUGGGCCACAUCAAUAGAUUCAGGUCCCGACGCCGGACAGGGGAUCUGGAAAGCAAGGGCUAUCGUG